CUGGGUAUCAGAUCAGCGUGACAGGGCGUGUACCAGAGUCGACCUAUAAAUCCACUCAGAAAUCCAGGUCUGACAUCCACUUCGGUUUAGGAUCUCGUCCACAAUGGUUAUCACGCGUUUGUUCCUCGCUGUCGUCGUUAUUGCGGGUGUGGCGUCCGCCAUUCCGGAUUAUGCAUCAACCAUCCGCCCUCCAUCCUUCCCACUGGCGGUCAGAAAUCCAUACACAAACGUCUGGCUGCCCGCUAACGAACUACCGGGUAACUGGCCCGUUUUUUGGACUAGCAGAACUAAGGGAUGGACCGGCAUGAUUCAGGUCGAUGGGAAUCCCUUCAUCUGGAUGGGACGUCCGAUGGAAUCCGGUCAACUGAUGGCCCCUUUGGCCACCCAACUCUUCUCUUAUAUCACCCCCACUCAAACCAUCUUUGGCUUAAGGGCGGGGCCACUUGACCUCAACGUGACCUUCUUCUCUCCCGUGGAAGUUACUGACAUCCAACGUCAAUCCAUUCCCCUCUCGUACGUCACAGCUUCUGUCGCCUCGAAUGAUGGGGCCUCCCACGAUACACAGAUUUAUAUGGACAUCUCCGGAGAAUGGGCGGCCAAUGAUGAAAGCCAGAUCGUCAACUGGGCGGCCGCCUUGACCCCAAGCGGUCUCAAGGUUUGGUCCACUCAACUCCAAAACAUGAACAAGUUUGGGGAACAGAGCGACUACGCGGCGUGGGGAUAUGCAGUUCUAGCCGCGGCGGGAACUUCAACUCACAUGUCGAACUCAGACGUAACUGUGCGAGGAACAUUCGUACGGGAUGGAGUGCUUCCUAAUACUAACGACCCCAAUUUCAGACCAGCCAAUGACCGGUGGCCUACUUUUGGGUUUGCGCAAUCGCUUGGUUCCGUUGGAGUUGCCCCGGCAGAAGCGCAAUGGGUUGUCGGUAACGUUCGGGACGAUAACAUUAACUGGUUAGGGACAGCUCUUCCCGCUCUGUGGCUCUCAUACUGGCCGAACUUUCCUGCUAUGCUGGACUUCUUUUGGAACGAUCUUCCCACCGCGUUAGAAACCGCGGACGCCUUGGAUACGCAAAUCCUUACUGCCGCCUACAAUUCGGCGGGACAGUAUUACGCGGAUAUUUUGGCGUUGUCGCUUCGCCAGUCGUAUGCAGGAAAUGAAUUCUCUGGAACGGCCGAGGUGCCAGAAUAUUAUCAGAAGGAGAUCAGCUCGGGAGCUUUUAUGCAGACUGUGGACGUGAUUUAUCCCACAGCUCCCAUGUUUUACUACCUGAAUAUCACCUAUCUCGAACUUCUUCUCGAACCGCUGUUCUACCAGAUGGAGAACGGAGUAUGGACGCAGCCUUUCGCCAUGCAUGACAUUGGAGAUUUCUACCCGAACGCUUUGGGUCAAGGGUACGGUGGCGACAUGCCGGUCGAGGAAUCCGCCAAUAUGAUCUUAAUGGUGGGCGAUAUCGCCUUCCAUCCCACCGCCGAAGCUGAGAAGAGCCGCGCCUACAUUCUUCGCCAUUACGACAUCAUGGCGGCAUGGGCGACUUACCUGUACGAAAAUUGUCUCUACCCAGUCGACCAAUUGACUACGGACGACUUUAUUGGACACACCGAACUCAAUAGUGGCCUCGCCCUGAAGGGAAUUUUGGGCAUGGCCACGUUCGCCAAGCUCUCCGAAUUUGUUGGAAAUCAAACCAAUGCUGACUUCUACAACGCCGCGGUGGCCGAAUUUAUCCCGAUUUGGCGCAUGGAGUCGAUGCAUGUGGAUGGUGAUCACUUGAAAAUGGAGUACAACGUUUCCAACGGAUAUCAAUUCAAGUACAAUGCGUUCCACGAUAAAUUGCUGGGAUUGGGCGUCGUUCCCGCCGAUAUUUAUCAGAUGGAGGCUGAUUACUAUCUCACCAAGAUGGAACCUUACGGGAUACCCUUUGUGAGCAUUAGGGAUUUUACAAAGUCGGACUGGGAAAUGUGGACCGCGGCUGCUUUUGGAGAUGAAAAUCCUGCCCUUCGUUCCGGUUUGGUUGAAGCGUUAGGAAAAUUUUUACGAGUGACGCCGCAACGCGUCCCCUUCACCGAUUGGUACACGACAGCUACGUCGAAUCAUGUCGGCUUCCAGGCCAGACCGGUUGCUGGAGGUCAUUUUGCACUUCUCGCUUUAGAAAUGGCAAAGGCCCAUAGAAACGAAGUAUGAUUUGUAAUUUGUUGUAAUAAAUGUUACCGUUGUCUUAAUUUGGCAACCAAAAUUUUCUGGA